AUGUCUGAGCGAAAGGUCCUCACGAAGUACUACCCUCCCGAUUUCGACCCUUCGGCGAUCGGGCGCACCCCGAAGCACCUACGCCAGAAGGGUCCCAAGGUCAUCACUGUUCGCUUGAUGGCCCCGUUCUCCAUGAAAUGUACCAACUGCGGCGAAUACAUCUACAAAGGACGCAAGUUCAACGCCCGCAAACAAAAUCUCGAGGAGAAGUAUCUCUCGAUCCCGAUAUACCGUUUUUUCAUCCGAUGCACGCGAUGCAGCGGCGAGAUCACGUUCCGCACAGACCCGAAGAACAUGGACUACGAGUGUGAAAAGGGCGCAAAGCGAAACUUUGAGCCGUGGCGAGACGCCAAGGACGAGAAAUACAACGAGACCCAAGAAGAAACCCUCGACCGACUGGAACGCGAGGAAAAUGAGGAGGCGGAGCAGCUGGAACGCGACAAGAUGGCAGAACUGGAGGAGAAAAUGCAAGACUCGAAGCGAGAAAUGGCCAUUGCGGAUGCGCUUGAUGAGAUUCGGACCCGGAACGCGCGCAUCCAGCGCAACGAGUCCAAGGGCGAGGAGGUGGCGCUGGAUUUUGUGCGACUCGGCACGGCUGGCUCAGGAGAAGAAGAUGAGGAGGCUGCGCGCAAGGCGUUCUUGACUGCUUCUGGGGAGCGGGUGAAGCGCCUUGUGGUGGAGGAGGAGGAGGAGCCGCUUUCAGCGCCUCAGCCGGAGGCUUCGAAGCCAGCGAGUAUUGCGAUGCCCCCACCUUCAACUACAUCAUUUGCUAGGGUUAAGAAGCCAAAGAAGGCUGGUGUCACAAGUUUGGGGAUCAAGAAGAAGCCAUCAUUAGUUUAG